AUGCCUCCGACACUCAUCCUGAUACGACAUGCUCAGGGAUUGCAUAAUGAAACCAAGGAAUACAGCAUACCAGACCCUGAUAUCACAGAACUGGGCCGGAAGCAAUGUGUCGAUCUGCGAAAUGGUCUCAUGGAAGACCCCAUAGCUCAGAAAGCAGAGGUUAUCAUCACCUCGCCCAUGCGGAGGACCAUACAAACAGCUUUGGCGUCUGUGGACUGGUUGAUAGAGCGGGGAGUCAAGAUUAAAGCUGAUGCCGGCUGGCAAGAAAACUCGGCCAAACCCUGCGAUACAGGCAGCCCAGUCGCCAAACUGGCCGCAGAGUUCCCCGUCGUGGAUUUCUCGACCCUCGACCCCGUAUGGCCGGACAAGACAUCGCCAGAGGCUAGCCACUACCACUACACGAGAACACAUAUCCUGCUCCGAGCGCAAGCAUCGCUCAAGAAGCUGUACGAGCGGCCGGAGAAGGUCAUCAUAGUCGUGGGGCACUCGGCCUUCAUGCGGCUGGCCGUUACCGGCUGUUGGUUCUUCAACGCGGAUUACCGCAUCUUCGAGUUCGGAGACAGGACCAGUCCGUGGGAUUCCUAUCGACUUGAGCAGCACGCCUCGACGAAGGAGAAGGGUGGUGGCCUAGGGAUUAGCUUCAAGGAAGAGGUCGUCAUUGGGUCGAAGUUACCGGAGGAGUUGCCGGAGGAGUUGCCGGAGGAGUUGCCGGUUGCUGAGUGA